UAUAUACUUUUUGGUCCAUGGAAGCUCCGUCCGAAGGGUUAAGAAAAGGUGUAUGGACUGCUGAAGAAGACAGUCUCUUGAAGCAAUGUAUUGAUAAGUAUGGAGAAGGCAAAUGGCACCAAGUUCCUACCAGAGGACUAAACCGAUGUUGUAAGAGCUGUAGAGAAAGGUGGUUGAACUACAUGAAUCCCAAUAUCAAAAGAGGAGAAUUUACUUCUGACGAAGUUGAUCUUCUCCUUCGCCUUCAUAAGCUUCUAAGAAACAGAUGGUCUUUGAUUGCUGGUAGAUUGCCUGGUCGAACGGCUAAUGAUGUCAAGAAUUACUGGAAAACUCAUUUCGGUAAGAAGAAAGAACCAUGUUGUACGAGCAGAACGAGGAAGAGAUAUAUUACUUGUUCAUCUGACUCGCAGUCUCAAGAUCUUGGCGUUGCAAAGUGUCCAUCUCAAUCAAACAAUGGCUGCAGCCAACUCAGUGAGCAAACAGAAGUUUGCCUUUCCCAAGUCAGCAACGUAGAUGAGGAGAAAUAUGAGUUUCUGAACAGUGAAAUGGAUGGAGAAUGUACGUGGUGGGAUAGUUUGCUGGAACAGAACCAAGUGGCAAACGCAGAGGGUUCCGUAGCUACUACAAUUAACGAGGAAGACUGUACUUCGAUGGACUCAAUGUCUCCAAUGUUUGACACUGAGCAACUUUGGAGUCUAUUUAAUGCGGAAGGUUGAUUAUGUUAGGUUUGAUUUGAGCUGAUUUUGUUUGAAAAACCUAGUUAAUGCAAAAGAGAUUUUUUCUU